UUAAACAAGGUCGGGCGGACCACUACACUACUUUGAUACUCCAUAAGACCAUAAGAGAUACUCUACUUCAUCAUAUCCUUUAAAUUUUUUCUUUUUUUUUUUCACACGUCUGCUAAUGAGACAAAUUAAAAGACUAGAGGAUCAAGUGAUCAUUCUAAGGACAAAUGAAGUACUAGUAUUGUUUUAAUACUCUUAAAUAAUGUUUUUUUUAAAAAAAAAAGAAAAAGUCUUAAAUCAAGGAGAGAGGCUAAAAACCUCUAUAAAUACCGCUAAACUCCUUAGUCCUUACACUCCUCUCAAUUUUCUCUGGCAAAAAAACUAACUUUUGAAAAACCCUCCCUAUUUAUAACACAAAAACAAUGUGUCCUACCGGAACUACCCUAACUCCGGCGAGUUUUUCCGACGAACCCACGUCAGGAUUCCGGCGAGCAUUCGACGUCCUAGACUUCGACCACGACGGUAAAAUCUCCGGCAAAGACCUCCGAUCAUUUUACUCCUCAUUCUCCGGCAGCGGCGACGACGAAGAAAUGAUUAAAGCAAUGAUUUCAGUAGCCGACGCAAACAAAGACGGGUACGUACAAUACGACGAGUUUGAGAAGAUUUUGAAGGAGAGGAGAGAGAAAGAGAAGGUGGAGAAAAGCUACGGUGACGGCGGGGUGAUGGAAGAGAUGUUCAAAGUAAUGGAUAAAGAUGGUGAUGGAAUAUUAGGGGUUAAUGAUUUGAAGGAUUAUUUGAAAUUGGCUGGAUUAGAGGUUGGUGAUGACGAGAUUAAGGCUAUGAUUAAAAUGGGUUGUGGUCAUGGUGGUGAUGGUACUAAUGGUGUUUCUUUUGAUGGGUUUGUCAACAUUUUUGGAUCUUUAUAAAAUUAAUUAGUAAGUUUUUUUUUUUUUAAAGCUUUUUUUUAAAGAAAAAUUUGAAUAGGUAUGUGAAAUUUUUUGUAAGUAAUUUCACUUAAUGUGGGAUUGAAUUUUGGGUUUGAGAAGUAAUGUGAGGAAAAAUUGCUUGUUGAUAUGAUUAUGAUAUGGUAAUUAAUUAAUUAUUGAUAAAUGAAUGAAUUUAAGUUAUGUUUCCAUGUUUGUUGAGUACAAAUUUCUUUUACUCUUUUGCUUAUCUCUCAAAAUAAACAUACUCGUAUAAAUUA